AUGAUUCAUGUCACAUUCCUCGGCCAUACAUACUGUUCAUCCGUCUGCCGACCUCCAGUCCUGAUGCAGAUGUAUCUAUUUGCAUGGACCUCGCCUUAUUCGUCGGCCAUGACGCUCCUCGCCUCUCGGUCCAUAUCAGACAUGAUCGUUGUCGACACACCGAUGGUCACGUGUCCACGUGUUCGUGACGCCAACCCCACAAUGGACAGUGGCUUUGACCCGGAGCAGGCACCGUGA